UAAACCCCAAUCAACCAUUCUGAAAAAAAAAUCAAAAAAAAAAACUCUUCUAUUUGACGUUUGAAGAUUCUCAUUUCGGAAAUUAUCUGGAGAUGGUAGUCAUCAACGUGUAAUGGUAAUAUUCUGUCUAGAAUUUAUAUUUAUGUUUGUUCAUUGCUUUGUUUUUAUUUGUAUAAGACGUUCAUGACAGAAUUGAAAAGGGCUAUGCUGGAAACAAAAUCUCGAUGAUGGGAUGGGUUUAAAUCAUUGGUGUUUAGUUGUAUUGGGUUUUCUUUUUCGACUUAUAUGCGCAGAUGUUUCUAAUUUGACUUGACUUGAUUCUGUAUGAUCAAUUGAAGUGAUUGCUAUAAAGAGGAUCGGGGGAGUAAAAAAAUCACUUGGAUUAAGGUUUUGAUAAUCUGGGAGUUGUUUAAUAAACAAGAAUAUGAUGAUUCUGAGUUCUUAAACUUCUUAUUUGUGGCUGUCAGUAAUGGUGUUAUUUUGGUUCUGAACUUUCCUGCUGAAUUCAUUCCGUCCAAAUUGACUGAUUUGAAUAUUUGACUCUGGGUAAUCAAGUUCAUUCAUCGUUUUAAAGAAAUGUUAUCUUGAGGUUUGGAUAUCUCUCCUUUCAAAGAUCAAUAGUCAAUGUUGAUGCCCUUUGAGUCUUUCUCAUAUUGAGCUGAAAUGGAGAAGUUGUGAAUGUGUUAGGUUUGUGUCCGAUGAGUACGUUGAUUUACAAUGCUAAACUUCAUUGGAUCUACUUAGUGGGAUUUCUAGUGACAGAUUUGUCGCAUCGGCGAGAGACUGAUUUUCGUCAUGUAGUUGGCUAGGAAGUUUAAACCUGGGUGAGUAGCAACUAGCAAGUGUCUGAAGGCUAUGUUAUGAUAUUUCUUAGCUGUGUUAUUCAAUCGUGACCGAAGAAAUGGCGAAUUUGGCCCAUUCUACAUCUUUCUUUCCAGUGGGUGGAUUAUUAUCCCUUGACCGCCGCAGAAACUAUAACCAGUUUAAACUCCAGAAGCAAGUUCUGAGCAAGUCAAGUAAUCGUCUCGCUGUUUGCUGUUCAAGUACAUCACCAUGGGAACCUGCGCCUGUUACAUAUGCUCUUACCAAUGAUGCUGGGAGUAAUUUCUUGCACAAGACUGACAAUUUAUUCGAAACCUUGAAUUCGAAUCAAACAGGUGAAGUUGCAUUAGCAAACGCAAAAGAGGUCUCAGAUGCAAACCCUCAGCCAGUUGUGCUGUUUGAAUAUGUUAAAUGGACUGUGUGGCUUCUAGGUCCUGCUAUUCUCUUGGUCACAGGCAUGGUACCCACAUUGUGGCUACCAGUUUCAUCAGUUUUCCUUGGCCCAAACAUAGGCAGCCUUCUUUCUUUGACUGGGCUUGAUUGCAUAUUUAAUCUUGGUGCAUUUCUUUUCCUCCUCCUAGCUGAUACUUGUGCUCGCCCAAGAAACUUAAACCAUGCUUUCAGCAGCAAGCCUCCAUUUAGUUAUCAGUUUUGGAACAUGGUUGCAAAUGUAAUGGGAGUUAUGAUUCCUCUUUUGGUGAUGUUUGGUUCUCAAAAGGGUUUUCUUCAGCCAAUCCUGCCUUCAAUUUCGUUUUUGGUCCUCUUAGGCCCUUAUCUCCUCCUCCUGUCAGUUCAAAUAGUUACAGAAAUGCUGAUAUGGCACUGGCAAUCACCUGUAUGGUUGGUGACACCAGUUGUCUAUGAAUCUUACCGUUUGUUACAGUUGAUGAGGGGCUUGAAACUUGCAGCUGAGCUGACUGCGCCAUCGUGGAUAUUGCACACUAUUAGGGGGUUGGUUUGCUGGUGGGUGCUUGUUCUUGGCAUGCAACUGAUGAGGGUGGCUUGGUAUGCUGGUUUAACUGCUCGUGGUAGUAAACAGGAGACAGCUGUUUAUGUUGAUGAUACUUAGUUUGUUCGGAGAAGCUGUUUUUCUGGAUGCAUGAGGUAAUCGUAAGUGAACAAAUAAUUGCAGAUACUUGAUACAGAAUUCACUUGUAUAGCAUGUACACGAUAAAUAGAGUAGUGAAUGCAAUGUAUGGAUCUCUGGGUUUAAUAUACUACAAAUGUUCAUGAUCAUCUUUGGUCAAAGUAUCUAUUGAACUACUUUUAUUGCCUUAAGAAUGGAAAUUGAAAAGAGAGCAGAUGUACUUUUCCAAAGAUCCUGUAGCAAAAUUGGCAUUUCAGAUUUUUGCCACAACCACAAUGAGUUGUUGUCGAAAUGACAGAUUUUGUACAUCCUUUUCUUCUUUUGUUUUGCAUCUAAAGGUUCUUGACUGAUCUAGAUUUCACACUUGCACUCUAAAGUAGUGCUAAACUAUUACUCAUUCCGUUCCAUUUUAAUAGUUCCUUUUGUUGAAUUACUAAAGUAGGCGAAGGAGUAUUUGCCAACACAAUCACAGGCAAUGCUUUAGUGACUAAUUCUUAAAGUACGUUGUGGGCCAAAACACUGUAAAGCUCUGCAUCAUCAGCAAAACUUUGAUCUAAAAUGACAAAUUUGUUGAGAUGAUUGCUUGCUGUCAUACUAUAAAGCUGGUGGUAAUUAGAAGAAAGGAAGUUCACUGUACCAUAUGGUGGAACCCUUCAUCAUUCUAUAAUUCUGUCUUUAGCAGUACCUUUCUUCCUCAUUUUAGUCUUCCUUUUUACAUUGAAAUGAUGGGUAUACUUUUUCUUUUUGUUCAGAUGAUCAAUGAUUGUACACUUAUUUCUUCUCAUUCCACCAAUACACCGAUGUCUAUUGAGCCCUCUGGUUUGGAGGUUAAUGUGCAUUGAACAUCUUAGUAAACAUUUUGAAUUAAUCUUCUUCUGCCG